AUGUUCUUUGUUCCAUUAGGUUUGCCAAUAUAUUUUCCUCUUCUUAGUCGUCUGUCGGGCUUUUUCUGCCCCCACUGCGCGUGCCUCGGUCUCUUUCUGCCCCCACUGCGCGUCUCACGGCCUUUUCUGCCCCUCUGCCCGUCACACCACCAUUUUCUGCUCUCUGUACAUCCCACCACUUUUUCUUUCCCCGCUGUCGUUAUUCGGGCUCUGCCUGAAACCCCUGUCCGUCUCCCAGUCGCUGUCACCUUUCUGUCUCUAGAGCUCGGUCUCUCCUGUUAUCCGUUUCAGAGUUUCUGUCUUUCCCCUCCUUUUAUCCAUCUCUCACCCUCUGUCUUUCCUCUCCCCCUAUCCCUCUCUCAGCCUCUGUCUUUCCUCUCCCCCUAUCCCUCUCUCAGCCUCUGUCUUUCCUCUCCCCUUAUCCCUCUCUCACCCUCUGUCUUUCCUCUCCCCUUAUCCCUCUCUCACCCUCUGUCUUUCCUCUCCCCUUAUCCAUCUCUCACCCUCUGUCUUUCCUCUCCCCUUAUCCCUCUCUCAGCCUCUGUCUUUCCUCCCCUUAUCCCUCUCUCAGCCUCUGUCUUUCCUCUCCCUUAUCUAUCUCUCACCCCUCUGUCUUUUCUCCCCUUAUCCCUCUCACCCUCUGUCUUUUCUCUCCCCUUAUCCCUCUCUCACCCUCUGUCUUUUCUCUCCCCUUAUCCCUCUCUCACCCUCUGUCUUUUCUCUCCCCUUAUCCCUCUCUCAGCCUCUGUCUUUUCUCUCCCCUUAUCCCUCUCUCAGCCUCUGUCUUUUCUCUCCCCUUAUCCCUCUCUCAGCCUCUUUGUUCCUCCUUCUCUUAUCCCUCUCUCAGCCUCUUUGUUCCUCCUACUCCUAUCCCUCUCUCAGCCUCUGUGUUCCUCCUUCCCUUAUCUGUCUCUCAGCCUCUGUCUUUCCCACUCCCUAUCUGUUUCUCAACCUCUGUCUCCACUUGUCCGUCUCUCAGCCCUUGUCUUGUAUCAUUAA